AUGAUAGAAAACUUAGCCAAACUGGAUGUUAGAUGCUUACAUAGACACUCAACGCCCUCCUCCUUGCCUUAUGCAAUCAAUCUCGCAUCUAUUGCUGAAACUCCUCAACGUAUCGAUAAUGAAAGGGGCCUCAGGAUGACCUCGUCAGAGUCGACGAAUUCUGACAGUCCGAGUUCAGUAUCCGAAAUCGAACUUGCAACCCCUCUCAAAGAGAAUGCAAAUGGCAGUGCUGGUCACUCUUCCAAGGAAGGAGGGUUUUGUAGAUUUAGUGACAACUCUAAUCAAACGACGCUCGUGGAUCCCAUGACUAAAGGCCUCACCUUUUGUGAGUGGGUAUCGAACCAAAGAAACAACAACAAAAAGUGGAAAAAAGAAGGAGCGGUAAUCGAAAAGCCAAUGUGUUUAUCGCAUAUUGGGAUAAGGCACACGCACACGCUUGAUUUUACUGAUUUUAUCAACGCGUGUCAUCUCCUCCAGAAGUCGCUUGAGAGUCCCAAAUCCGUCUCGUCAUCUCAAAUGAUGAAUGCUAUGCCUAUUUUGCGUGAUUACUGGUUCGACAACGCUACGUCAUCUACCGUCACAGUUGAGGCUUUGGACGACCUUCUCUCAGCGAUUGCACUGUUCUCACCUUCAGUUGUUGGUCGAAUCGUGAACCAACGGGAUAAAGAGGGCUGCACUUUCGUCCAUAUCGCGAUUCGCAAACGCCUUUGGCGGUUGAUUGAGACAGCCCUUGAGGUGUGUCGUGAAUUCGACCUCAAUCUAACCGACGCCUGUGGUCGAACGCCCCUCACGCUGAUGGUCUCCUGUGCCUCUCAGUCUAGAACCAGACAGCCUGGUGGUGGUGGUGGUGGUGGUGGUGGCGGUGGUGGUGGUGGUGGUGGUGGUGGUGGUGGU